CUUUAGAACUACGUGAUCCACUUGACCCCGUUUGGACAGUGAACAUUUCAAUCUGUACAGGAUAAAGUCACAAAUGCAUUCCACGAGGGAUUCGUAUCCCAACUGCGCCAAAUAAUCUCGUCCAACAUCAUUCCCGAUGUUAAAUUAAUGUCCCAACGAUGUCUGUAGACAAUGUCAAGGCAAGUCGCAGCGGUAUGGCGGUAAUUGCCAUUUUGGGACUGUUAUCACGUGCUGAACCGCGUAGUAUCUGCUCGCACUUUUCUUGCUUUUCUAUUUCGUCUGUCGCUGCUGCAAUUAAACGGAAAGACUCUGUUUUCUUGCAUAGUCCAAACGAGGUCCGGCUGCGCAUGCUGACUUGCGUCGUCAUCGUAGUGCCCCUCGCACUCAACUUGACUCGUUGCAGCACCAGUCCAUUUCUAUCGCCAUGUCUUCCAAUGACCCCCAAACCUCGAUAGAGAACCUUCGGGCCACCAAGCGGAAACUAGACGAAGCUUUCCAACACCUUGACGAUACUGUUCAGCCUGCACUCAAGAAAUCCAACACGAGUCGCUCCAUAUACUCUACUCU